AUGAGUGACUCCGCCAAUGUCGUUGAGCCACCGGGUCCGGAAAACGUCAAGAAAACUCCGACAGUGUACCGCUGUGAACUCUUCCCGACGCGCACGUCUAUUUUUGUAUUCACAUCUUACGUGUUGCUGUGCUCGACUCAAUACGUGCUCGUGAAGGCAUCGCAGACCGCCGACGACUACACGUAUAAUACGACAUCGGUCGUCUUCAUAACGGAGGCGCUUAAACUUCUGAUCGCAGCGGCGGCGCUCAUCGUCGAGAAUCAUGCACUCAGUAGGCCGGUCGAGGUCGCAAUCUCUCGCUGGAGACUCCUCAUAUUGUACCUCAUACCUUCCGCGCUCUACUGCAUGAGCAACAAUUUGGUUUUCGUGAACUUGCGGUACUUCGAACCAACAACCUACAAUGUUCUGCAACAGUUGAAAAUUGUUCUCACAGGAAUUCUGUAUCAAAUGAUUCUGAAGAAAACGCUUUCGCUCAGGCAAUGGUUCGCGAUCAUACUUCUGACGGUCGGCUGCGUCAUCAAGCAAUUAGGAGUAUCCGAGAAAAGCUUCUUCGGCUCCUGCGACAUCGUCAAUCUCCAAGGAGCGCUCCUCUUCCUUCAAAUCAGCUGCACGGCGCUGUCGGGGGUGUUCAACGAGUCUUUGAUCAAGACAGACACCCACCGAUCUCACAACGGCAUAGACGCCGGGGAUUCGGAUAUCAUGAUUCAUAAUUUAUUCAUGUACCUAGACUCUGUCCUAUGUAACUUUUUUGUCCUUGUGUGCAGAGGCAGAACGCACGAUCUCAUAGAUGUUAGUGAAUUGUCGAGUAUUUUCGCCCAACCCCUAGUUCUAGCGGUAAUAGUGAAUGGUGCCGUCAGUGGUAUCAUGGUAUCAUUGUUCCUGAAACACUUCGAUUCCAUUGUCAGGGUUUUCACCGGCUCGAUGGAGAUGACUCUCAUGGCUUUCGUUUGCUGGUUGAGUUUCGGGACACCGAUCGACGCUUGGACCGUGGUUGCGAUCGCUGUGGUCUCUGUGGCAACCUAUCUCUUCGCGAAGGACAGCAAAGAUUCGGCCUCGAGGACAAACCUGAUUCAAUCCGGCGAGAAGGAUGAAGAAAUUCAGAUCAUAACAGAACCGAGGCAGACAGAAGCCAAAGCUGCUGCUCCCCGAGAUUCGACGACGACUCACGGGGAAGUGCCCAACUCGAAAUCAGAACUGAUGUACAAACGGAAGAGAAUGUCUCGCACAUGA